AUGAAUGAAUAUUCGAAAAUUGAAAAGAUUCGUAUUUACAUUGGUACAUGGAAUGUGAAUGGUCGAAAUGAUGCAAAUGCAACGAUACAAUUAGAUAAUUGGCUUAAAUCAUCGGAUGAUGAUCAACCACCAGCUGAUAUUUAUGUAUUUGGGCUGAUCUCAUCUGAAAGAAAACCCCAUUUGAAACUAAUAAAGACGAGUUAA